AUGUUUAAAUCAGCUAUAAUAGUUUCACAACAAUAUAAUAUGACAGUAGAAGGAAAAUUAAUCGAAUCGCAUUCAGUACAAAUUGGUGGUAAUGUAAUCGAUGCCUUCAGUCAAACAUCUAAUAUAUUAUCGGGUUCAAAUAUUGUUGGUAUUGUUGGUAUACCUGUUAUAUCAUAUAGUGCAACUGAUCCUGAUUUAUCUCAUCGAAAUUUUUAUUCAAAUUUUUAUCGUACAGUUCCGUCAGAUAAAACAACUGUUAAAGCACUUGUAAAACUAUUUUAA